AUGGUAAAUGACUAUAGCUGUGUCAGAGUGGUGAAUGAAUGUAACUGUGUCAGAGGGGUGAAUGACUGUAACUGUGUCAGAGUGUUGAAUGAGUGUAGCUGUGUCAGAGUGGUGGUGAAUGACUGUAGCUAUGUCAGAGUGGUGAAAGACUAUAGCUGUGUCAAAGUGUUGAAUGACUGUAACUGUGUCAGAGAGGUGAAUGCCUAUAACUGUGUCAGAGUGGUAAAUGACUAUAGCUGUGUCAGAGAGGUGAAUGAAUGUAACUGUGUCAGAAAGGUUAAUGACUGUAACUUUGUAAGAUAUGUGAAUGACUGUAACUGUAUCAGAGUGGUGAAUGACAAUAGCUGUGUUAAAGAGGUGAAUUGUGUCAGAGUGGUGAAUGACUGUAACUGUGUCAGAGUGUUGAAUGACUGA